AUGUCACCGCUAGAUGACUUCAGACCCGCGCCGCUCUGCAGCGAGAUCGACCCGCCACUCGUCAUGCCGCUGCCUCCGCUCAGCGAAAUGGAUCCGCCCACAGCGCCAGUUGCUGUUCCCGUACCGGUGUGGGUGUCGCCAGAUCGCAGCGAGAUCGACCCACCAGCGCCGCUGCUGCCCGUGCCAACCUUCACGAGCACAGACCCGCCGUUGCCACCCGUGCUGCCACCAGUGCUCACCGUCACGCCGCCCACCGUGCCUGCCGUCGCAGAACCCGUCGUCAGACUGAUCAAACCCGACGGACCGCUAGAGCCACCAUCCGAAGUGCGCACCAGCACGCUGCCACUCGUGAGGCUGCUGCUCGCGCCGCUAGUCACCUCCACGUCGCCUCCAGCACCACUGUUAGCAGUACCGGAAGUCCCGCCACUCGUACUACCAGCACUCAACAAAAUCUUGCCGCCUGCUCCGAUGCUGCCACCGCCAACAGAUAGCUCGAUCUCCGCUCGAUGA